CGGGUCGCUUCUCUAUUUGAAGCAUUCAAUCCUUGAGCAUUGCAAAUCACAAUCAAUCAUCUUCACCAUGCGAGCCAUCCUUCGAUGGAGAACUCGGAUAUUGAUUUUCCUGAGUACGCUUGCGAUGUUCAUCAUGUUGCAAGGUUACAUGGUGCCUCGCCCGGAAAGUAUUUCCAUUAGAGGUAAUCUUGCAACAGCUCCCGAAGAUCAUUACAGCACUGGCACAAAGGCAGACAUAGAUACACAAUUUCAAGCCGACAUCAUAGAAACUGUUCAACAGGAGCCAGAAGCGUUGCAUAAGAGCUAUCUCCUCGGAUCGACAAGCUUCAUAUCGAGGCUACCCAGAAUACAGCGGCAAAUCACAAGCGAGACUGCCGGCCAAAAAUUAGAGAGAGAGACUAGAAGAGAAGCGGUAAAAGAUGGAUUCAAGCAUGCUUGGCGAGGAUACAAACAAUAUGCAAUGGGCCACGAUGAACUGAUGCCCGUAACGAACAAGCCAGUGGAUCCAUUUGGAGGUUGGGGAGCGACGGUCGCCGAUGCCCUUUCGACCAUGCUUGUGAUGGAGCUUUUUGAUGAGUUUGAAGACGCUACCCACACUAUGUUCCUUCCCAACUUCUCAAUCACUAACGACAAAGACAUUUCGACUUUUGAAACCAUCAUUCGAUAUCUUGGAGGUUUCUUGAGCGCUUAUGAAUUAUCUGGUGAUGUGAGGAUGCUUCAAAAAGCAGAGGAAGUUGGAAAGGUCGUCAUUAAGGCGUUUGAUACCCAGUCUGGUCUACCCUACCAUCGCUGGGACAUGGGAAAAAACACUUUUAAGAACGCAUGGGUUUCCUUUGCUGAAGUUGCAUCUGUUCAAAUGGAAUUUACAACAUUGACGAGGCAUUCAGGAAAUCCUAUCUAUGCUGAAAAAGCACAGAAGAUCAUAGAUUUUGUUUCAAAUGCUGGGGUAGCCGAAGGAUUGCACAUUCAAGGCUUGUAUCCGUAUACAAUGGACGUCGUUACUGGAAAAUUUACUAGCUCAAUAUCAUCAUUUGGUGCGAUGGGAGACAGUGCUUUUGAGUAUUUCCUCAAGCAAUAUUUGCUUACCGAUGGACAGGAUGAACAGUAUGCUCGAUUAUACAAGGAAUCCAUCACUGCAAUGAAGAAACACAUGCUUCGUCAAACCAGCAAAGCCAACCUUCUCUUUUUGCACCCAUUCGAUACAAAGGCUAAAAUUGUUGCUAGUACCAUGGAUCAUUUAUCAUGUUUUGUACCAGGUAUGCUUGCUAUCGGAUCCAAGAUUUUUGACGAGCCAGAGGAUCUUUUGGUAGCAAAAGGACUGCUUGAGACUUGCGUUCACAUGUACAGAACGAGCAAGACUGGACUCAGCCCAGAAAAAUGGACGUUCCAUGACGGUAAAGCGUGGAACCCUAAAACUUACGAACCUGACAACUACUGGAAUACCGAGCAAAACAAAGUCAAAAAUCAAAAGGAGCUCAAUGACGCCGUCUCUGGUCUCGGCAAUUCCAUUGGUAAACAAGUCAGCGCACUUCUCGAUCAUUGGUCCAGCUCGUUCAAUGCAAAGGAACAGUCUGAUAACCGUCUAACUGGCAUUUUCGUCAGCGAUGGUUCUUAUCUACUACGACCAGAAACCGUCGAAAGUCUGUUUGUACUAUAUCGCAUCACCGGCGAUCGCAAAUAUCAGGACUACGGCUGGGAUAUAUGGCAAGCCAUUGAAGAAUACUGCAAAACGCCGUCAGCCUAUAGUGCCGUCAGAAAUGUUAACUUUGAUGCCACAGUUGCAAACUUGACUGAUUAUUCGUCAAUUCAAAUGGACAAAAUGGAGAGCUUCUUCUUUGCGGAGACUUUAAAAUACUUGUAUCUCCUGUUCAGUCCUGACAACAUUAUCUCACUAGACAAGUUCGUUUUCAAUACUGAAGCUCACCCGCUUCUGCGUAGGAAUAGCCAUCUUGAUACCCAUGUACUGAAUCUUGACUUUGGCCAUGCCAAGUAACCACCAGUACUGCCAUAGACAUAUACUCUAUAUCUUAAACGUUCGCAUUGACAGAGUGAUUUGCACUAUGGUAUGAACGACAGAAGAAAAA